UUUAGCACUUUAGUUUACAUACAAAGUGAAUUAUUAAUUUAAAUUAUUACAAAAAAAAAAAAAAGAAAAAAAUUAUAAAAUUAUUUAUUUAUGAAAAAUGUAAAAAUUAAAUAAUUUUUACUUAAAUAAAAUAAGAAUAAUAUUUUGUUAGUUUAUAAGUUAAAUUUAAUAAGUGUAAAUUAUAAUUGCAUAAUAAAUUAUUCAUAAUAAUUUUAAAUAAUAACCAAAAUUUUAUAUAAAAUUAAAAUUUCAAAUUAUAAUUUUAUUAAAAUGGAUUAUGCAUCAUACUUUGGAUUAUUUAUUUUAAUAUCUACAUUUUACACAAAAUCACAUCAACAAUCACUGUCAUUGAUUAAAGAUGAUGAAGCUACAACAUUACAAAAAUUACAAAUAUUUUUCCUUGAAGAAUGCUCAUGUAUAAAUUUAUCAAAAUGCCAAAGAAUGACUGAUAUUAUAUCAAAAGUUAAAUUACCUAUACCAUCAGCAAUUAAGGAAAGAAUAAAGAGAACAUCUUGUGGUUUUAAUAAUACAGAACCGUUAAUUUGUUGCCCACCUGAAGGUAAAACAAUUGUACCAGAUUCAGUUGAAGUAGUUAGUUUUCGAUUUGGAUCAUCAUCUGAUUGGAAUUGGCCAAAAGAAAAUAAUGAAUAUCCUAAUUUUCACCAUAAUCAUAUUAUUAACGAUUAUCCAGAAUAUAGUAAAGAACCGAAAUAUAAGAAACCAAUUGAUAUUGAUAUAAGAAAAUUUAAUAGUGAUGAUGAUAGUGGUAAUAAUUUUAUAAUGGAAAAUUUAGUUGAUUUUGAAGACAAAAAAACUCAUAAAAAUUGUCCACCAAGUUUUUAUGAUGAUCAUAAUAAAUUUUAUGAAAAUUAUAAAACAUUUGAUAAAGAUUAUCAUGAUAAAUAUUAUAGGCAUCGAAUACCAUCACGAUAUCCAACACGAAUACCAUCACAUAAAGAUUAUAAUCGUUUCCAUCAUAAUCAUUAUCAUUAUCCAUAUGAUACAAGAAAUAAUUAUUGGUAUGAUCAUAAUCAUCAUAGAUUUAGUCCAACACAAUUUCCAUCAACUUUUUAUCCAAGUUUUCAAACACAAACUCCAACUAUAAAACCUAAACCUACAACUACAACAUUUGUACCACCACUCAUAUCAGAUUCAUCAAAUGAAAAUAAUAGUAAUAGUAAUAGUAAUAAUGAUAAUAGUAAUAAUAAUGUUAUGAAUGACAAAAAUAAUAGAAAUCAAAUUAAUUCGGAGCAAUGUGGUGUAUCAAUUGGUACUAGAAUUAUAGGAGGUACAACAAGUGGACCAGGACAAUUUCCAUGGAUGGCUCGAAUUGCUUAUAAAAAUUUGACUUCUGGAACAAUUAGUUACAGAUGUGCUGGAUCAUUUAUUAAUAAACAGUAUAUGGUGACGGCUGCUCAUUGUGUUACAAAUUUAGUAGAUACCUUACAAAUAUCACACAUUAAAUUAGGUGACGAUUCAGAUGACAGUAAUACUGAUACAGAAUAUCAAAUAGAUCAACUUAUACCGCAUCCAGGAUAUGAUACACCAAAAUAUGCAAAUGAUAUAGCUUUAAUAAAGAUAUCACAAUUAAAUUUACAAAUUAUUCCAAUAUGUUUACCGGCUGGCGAUUACAGAGAUGUUGAUAAUAAUUUAACUGGAAGAAUUGGAACUGUUGCUGGUUGGUUAUCAAACACAAGAGGGGACUCUAGAUCCAAUGAUUUAGAAAUGAAUUUUGUUCGAUUACCAAUUGUAAAUCAAUCUGAAUGUGCUAAAAUUUAUUCAGAUUUUAGUAUAAAUUUUAGAACACCAAUUAUUGUAUCAAAUUCACAGAUAUGUGCACAAGGAACAGAAAAUAUGGAUGCUUGCCAAGGUGAUAGCGGUGGUCCGCUUAUGUUAGAAAAUACUGAUAGACGUAAUCCAAAAUUAAUUUUAUUAGGUUUGGUAUCAUUUGGUCCAAGAACUUGUGGAAUUUCAAAUUUUCCAGGAGUUUAUACAAGAAUUUCUGGAUAUACAGACUGGAUUUCUAGGAUUAUUAUAGUUAUAGAUCUUGUAAUUGAAGAAAAUCAGAAAGAAAAGCAACAAAUAAAAACAGAAGGAGCAAAUACGAAUAAUUUCGGACCAUGUGAAGAUGCAAAAGGAAAAACUGGUUUUUGUACAUUUGCCGAAAAUUGUCAGAGAAUAAAAGAUUUAUUAGAUAAAAUAGAAGGUGGAUCACUUACACAAGAUGAAGUAGCUUACAUUAAUGGCAGUUCAUGUGGCAUUAUAAAUAAAUCACCAAUUAUUUGUUGUGUAGAAUUAAUUGCGAGAAUAGAUAAUGAACCUAACCUGACGCCAUCAACAAUAUUUAAACCUAUUGAAAGUUUACCAGGUUUAGAGAAUUGCCCUGUUACAUCUACUCCAAAACUUUUUGGUGCUACUGACACUAAAAUUGGUGAAUUUCCUUUCAUGGCUGUAUUAUUAUAUUCUAUAAAUAACAGAAAAGCUGAUGGAAAAUGUGCUGGAAGUUUAAUAACUGAAAGACAUGUUUUAACUGCUGCACAUUGUUGUAAACAUCCAAAAUUAGGAAAAAGAAAAGUAACUGGAGUCCGUUUAGGGGAAUGGGAUGUUACAACCGAUCCAGAUUGUAAAGAUGGAUUAUGUGCUGAUCCUCAUCAAGAUUUCGAAGUCAAAGACAUUAUUAUACAUGAAGAUUAUGAUCAGGUGACUGUCGUGAAUGAUAUAGCUUUACUUAAACUGUCCACAGAUGUAAAAUUCUCCGAUUUUAUUAAAAUAAUUUGUCUACCAACUGAUCCUGAACUGGCAAAUGAUAAUUUAGUUGAUGUUGUUCUAGAUGUUUCCGGUUGGGGUUUAACUGAAAAUGGUGUAUAUAGUAAUAAGAAAUUAAAAGUUGGUUUACCAGUAGUUUCAUUAGAAGAAUGCAAUAAAGUUUUUAAAGCCGAGUAUAGAAGUAUCACAGAUUCACAGAUCUGUGCGGGUGGCAUAGCACAAAAGGAUUCAUGUACCGGUGAUUCCGGUGGCCCUCUAGUUGGAAUUGAUGUUCGAAGUAAAGCCCAACAUUAUAACUAUUUAGUUGGUAUUGUAUCUUAUGGUAUAGGAUGUGGAAAGGAAAAUAUACCAGGAGUAUAUACGCGUGUUGGAGCUUAUAUUGAGAGAAUUGUCUUCCCGGACGAUGACGUUGAGACGGUAGAUACAUCAUCAAGAGUUACACAAAAUUAUGGCGCUUGUACUACACCAAACCGUAGAAGUGGUACCUGUAUUAGAAUUCGUCAAUGUAGAAAUUUAUGGCAAUUAAUUGAAAAACAAGUUUCUUAUCAAUUAAGCUAUGCAGAAUUAGUUUUCCUUAGAAAUAGUCAGUGUGGAGAGCAGGAUGGGGUUUUGGUUUGUUGUGAACCAAGUCAAAUUCAACCUGAUGCUCCUACACCAGCCACAAGACCACCUACUGUUAGACCUACAAAUAGACCAACACAAAGACCUCAAACCAACAGUUUAUUACCAACAAAUAGUCAGUGUGCAAUGACUAAUAAUCGUAUUUAUGGUGGUAAAGAAACACAAUUAGGAGAAUUUCCAUGGAUGGCUUUAAUUGAAUAUACGAAAAACGUAGGUGAACCAGGACAUCAUUGUGGUGGUAGUUUAAUCAAUGACAGAUAUGUUCUUACUGCAGCACAUUGUAUUAAAAAAAUAAGUAAAGAUUGGCGAUUAAAUGCCGUCCGACUUGGAGAACAUGAUAUUGAAACAAAUCCAGAUUGUAGUUAUGAUAUUAAUAAUAAUGAAGAUUGUGCACCUCCACAUAUUGAUAUUCCGGUUGAAAAAUUUAUUGUACAUGAGAGUUAUAAUCCAAAUUCAAAAACUCAAGUAAAUGAUAUUGCCUUAUUACGUUUAUCAUCACCAGUUAAAUUUAAUAAAUAUAUCCAACCGAUUUGUUUGCCAUUUUCAAAUUAUUUACAAGAUUUAAAUUUAACUGGAAUUGCUUUAGAAGUAGCUGGAUGGGGAAGAACUGAAAGUGGUUAUCCUAGUACAAAAAAAUUAAAAGCGCUAAUUAAUGCAGUUUCAUUACCAUCCUGUAAUUCAGUUUAUUCUAAUAAGAACGUUAUUCUUGAAAGUAAUCAAUUAUGUGCUGGUGGUGCUGAAGGUAUUGAUUCAUGUAAUGGUGAUUCAGGUGGUCCUUUAAUUGGUGUUGAUACUUCAGCAAAACAACAUUAUUAUUAUUUAGCUGGUUUGGUAUCAUUUGGUCCAAAUCCUUGUGGAUUAAAAGGAUGGCCUGGUGUAUAUACAAAAAUAGCUCCAUAUGUAGAUUGGAUUCAUCAAAAUAUCGAACCAUAAUUUUUUUUCUAAUUAUAUUUAGUUAUAGCUUUGUUUAAUUGUAACAAAAUAAUCUUAUAAAUAAAUAAUUUUUUAAAAGAAAUAAGUGUAUACAAAAGUA